GUGGCGACGGAAGGCCAUGAUGAUUAAAAUGGCAAAAAAUUUGCGUUUUUGAAUGAAUUAUAGCCGAAUGGUGGACCGUCAAGCACGCGCCGUGCGGGGACCGGUUCGCUGGCAAUGACACACCAGAGAGUUUCAAUUUAAAGGACAGCCGAGCGAGCAGCGGAAGAAAGGCUUCACAGAUGAAGAGCCCAGAGAAGAAGAAGGCAAGGAAAGCAACCACUCAGGCGGCGGGGUUCUCCCACCUCACUGAGUUUGCGCCCCCUCCCACCCCCAUGGUGGACCACCUGGUUGCCUCCAACCCCUUUGACGAUGACUUUGGGCCCCCAUCCCGACCUAGUGGGGCAGGUGGACCCGGUGGUGCUCCGUUUCUCCCUAGCCCAGGUGCAGGUGGUGGAGGUGGGUAUGGUGGUGGAGGCAGGAUGGGCGGAGGCAUGGGGUUCAUGGGCGGUCCAGGAGGACCGGGCGGUGGGCAGCCUGGGCGGAGGCCACCGUUUGGCCCCCCAUCCAACGCCGGCCCUCACCACCAGCUAGGUUUUGGAGGAAUGCCUGGCUUUGGAGGUGGUGGUGGGGGAGGCGGAGGGGGAGGAGGGGGUGGUGGAGGAUUCCCCCCAGGUGGCCCUUCUCAAUUCAAUAUGCCACCAAACUUCAGUCCACCCAUGCACCCUGGGCCAGGAUUCAAUCCCAUGUUGUCGCCCGGGGGUAUGGGAGGUCCCGGAGGAGGGGGGCCACCACAUCCUCGGUUUGUCAUGCCUCCACAACAGCAGCAUGGACAGGGUGGACAUCCAUUCAACAGCCCACCGUUACCUAGCGGUGGAGGCCCCAGAGGGCCCCCACACGGCCCCCUGCCAUCCAUGGGAGGAGGCAUGGGUCCUGGGAUGAAUAUGAUGAGCGGCAUGGGCGGUGGCCCUGGAGGCAACAUGGUGGGAGGGUUGCCAGGUAUGCCCCCUCAAGGACAGUUCCCUAACUCACAGGAUGGUCCCUACCCUGGCCCGAGUCCGCCAGGACCAGGCAAUGAGGAUGGAAAGAACUUUGGUGGAGGAGGGCCUCCACCUGGGCCUCAGCAGCAGCAGCAGCAGCAGCAGCAGCAGCAGCAACAGCAGCAACAACAACAACAACAGCAGCAGCAGCAGCAGCAACAACAGCUUAACAUAAAUCCUAACGGUCCCCCUCCUAAUAAUUCCACUCCUGGCCCUCCACCUAACUCUGGCCCACCACAGCCUGGGGGCGGCUUUCCUGGCCACCCUGACGUCCAGCAGUCCAAUGCCAAUACACCUGGUCAGCCUCCUUCAGCACCACCACAGCCUAACCCCAACUCUUCUCCCACUGGUCCCCUAAAUGGAUCAGGCCAGCCCCAGCAUCCACCACCCACUCAGCUACAGCCCCCCAACAAUGCAAACACACCAAACUCUAACUCUACCCAGCAGCAGCAACAAUCCACUCCACCUAACUCUGCCCCCGGCUCCACACCUUACAACCAGCAGAACAACACUCCUGGCGCUGGUGGUCCGAUGUCAAAUGCGACCUCCAAUUCAGGUCAGAACAACAUGACCAAUAACAAUGGUGGCAACACUCCUGGAAGCAACCCAAAUCCCCCCUCUAACUCCACCUCAACUCCGAACACCCAAUCGCCCCUGGCCCCUGGUCCCGCUGCCCCCUCAACCGGGCCUGGUUCUGGCCCUGGAAAACCUGGUGGCACCGGUAUGGUCUUCCCUUGCGGCCUCUGUAUGGCGGAGGUCCACGACGACCAGGAUGCCAUCCUGUGCGAGGCAUCGUGCCAACGCUGGUUCCACCGUGACUGCACAGGCCUGACAGAGCCAGCGUACGGGCUGCUGACCCGAGAGAGCGCUGCUGUUUGGGCCUGUGACUUCUGCAUCAAGACCAAGGACAUCCAGGCUGUGUUUGUGCGCCAGGGAUUAGGCCAGUUGGUGGCAGCUAAUGAGAGUUGAGGAGCAGGUGACAAAGGAGCAGCGUGGAGGUGCGAUUUUUAAAGGACACAUAGAGACAUCUUUGUUCCGAUUUCGCUGAAUGACCUGUGUGUUUGUGUCAUGUCAGCUACUUGCCCAAUUUCUCCUGACUAGCCCUUUACUUUUUCACUACACAGAGAAACACACUCAUUGACACUCAUGCUUAUAUAUCGCACUUUGAGUGACUCGAGGCAAACGAUUUUUUCUUCUCCCCACCCCAUAGGAGUCAAAUCAUGAUGAAUGUUAAACUACACAGUCCUUCAAACAUCUAGCCUGCCAACCAGCGAAGCACUGACACCAACACACUACCUCACACACCUUGAAACUGACUCGCACGGAAGCUCCCGCACUGACUGACUGGGAUAGACUCGACACACUCGCGCGCCACAUGAGUGUGAUGGUAUUUCAGACGCACACAAACACACACCGCAAGCCCCCGUUAGACUGGGAAAGAAAUGCCCCUGUUGUGUUUUCACUUAAAGUAUCGACAUUAUUAUUUGAUGAUUCUUGGCUUUAAAUUAAAACACACUGAUUAAUUCUUUAAAGUAAAACAAAAUUAUAUUUUAAAGAUGUCCCUAAAGAUCUGAAAGGGAUUUUCAUUGAUCAUUGAUUCAUUUACAGCAUUAUUUGCCAUCAAAAAGCUUUAUUCUAGCACUGGUCUAUCACCGUUAGCUUUUUUUUCUGAAAGUGAAAGAUAAUGGAGAACUACAUCAGUAUAUUGCAAUGUAAACCUUAAAUAUCAUGCGUGUUGUGAAACAUUAAUGUCAAGUGAGAGGGGGGGUUUAAUAAUACACACAUACACACACACACACACACACACACACACACACAUUCUUUGACCCUGUACUACGUAUCUGUUAUUUUGUACACAGUGCUGAUUAAUCCAAAGGAGACCCCAGGCCAAGAUUUCACCCACACCUCACAGAGAAGGUUUCACCGUUAAGUAGUUGUAAAUACUAGGACAGAACAUUUGUCUGGAGCUCCCCCAACAGUUGUGAACAUGCCUCCGAGUUGACCAAUGAACAAAAUAAUGAGUUGAACCCCGUGUGUCUUGGUUGUAAUACACUAUGGCGUUUUGGUUUUUGAUACAGUACAUUUGAGUCAACCGUUUCUUUUCUAUUUUUAAUCUCUGCAGUACACAUGAAUUGUGAUAUCAGUGCUUUUUGGAUGGUGUUGGCAUAGCAAGUAGUGACAUCAUGUCAUAUCAGAUGUGCAUAGUCCUUUUGGAAAAAAAGAAAAAGAAAAAAAAGGAGGGGAGGGGGGUGCAUGUGAACCAAUGCAGUAAAUGUCCGAUCUUGUUUAUGUUUAUAUUCUGGCUUCUGUGCUGCAAGAGGCCUUGAAGUAGACCAAAUAACUAAAGAGCGAAAAAUACCCAUUUUCUCACCUCUGUCACAUUAUAUGGUGUUUAUAACUAUUCUUUCUUUCCUUAAUUUACUUCAUUCAAUUGCCUUUCUUUUCUUGCUCUCAGCUGUUCCUUUUUAUUUUGUACUGGUAUUCGUGCUGUGCUUUUUUGCUCCGCUCUGGCGCCUCCUGGUGGAACCCGAAGGAACCACUUGAGUUCCGCACCGGGUGGGAAAGGGAAAGGUACUGAACUCUGAAGUAAAGAGAUUUUUUUUGUACUUGUCUGUCUGUUUUUAUUCCCUUUUUUUAUUUCUCUGCUAAUGAAUGUAUUAAAAUGAGGGUUGGAAAUCUCA